CCCACCCUCUCAUCGUCUUCUCAUACAUAUAUAUAUAUCAAUUGUCACACAUAGACUAGCUAGCUAGAAUUUAAUUGAAGCUUGAUUAAAUUUUCUUCCCUAAUGUUUCCUUUUCACCAUAGUACUACUGAUCACGAACUCUCGCAGAUCUGCUCUACUAUCCACCAACAACAUGACAACCAACAAGAUCUGAUUCUUGAUUUUGAUUCUGUACCCGGCAGCAGUAAUCUUACCAACAACAUCAUCAACACUUCUUCGGACCACAACAAUGUUGUGGAUACUAAUGUUAAUGACAAGAAAAUCAUGCGUAGGGACAUCGAAAGAAAAAGAAGGAAGGAGAUGAGUGAUCUUUGUGCUACACUCCGAUCUCAGCUUCCUCUUCAAUAUAUCAAGGGAAAGCGUUCACUAACUGAUCACAUUAGCGAGGCAACGAAUUAUAUAAAACACCUGGAGAAGAAUAUUGAGGAAAUGAGUGGGAUGAGAGAUGAGCUAAGAAAGAAGUCGAGUUCAAGUGCUUUAAGCUCGGAAGAUGGAAGCUCAAGUCAGUGUGUCAUGGUCUUCCCUUGUUUGGGAGGAGUGAAAAUUGUGUUCAAUAGUGGCUUCAAUGAGGAAAGAUUGCAUCUAUCAAGGGUGAUGAAAGUUCUGCUUGAAGAGGGGCUUAGUGUCAUUACUUGUGUUUCUACCAAAGUAAAUGAAAAGUUACUCCACACUAUAGAGUCUGAGGUCAAGGAUUUGACAUGCUUCAAUUUAUCUGAGCUGCAAAGAAAACUAAAUGAUGCUGUAAAUAUUGGUCCUUGAGAGAAAUUUGUAAGUGCCACUAUCAUGGAGAUCGAUUAAUUUCUGCACUGAACAUGAUAAGAGUAUUGAUCGAACAUUAGCCCACAUGGAUCAAGAGUCAGGUUAAUUUUGUGAUCAUUUUUCUCGUCCAUGCAUGCAGGUUAUCUAUAGCUAGGAGUUCUAUUUUAGCUUGAAUUAAUGCAUUCAUUGUGGCAGGUUUUUUAUGAUGAUCAUGUUUGACAUGUGAUGUUGCAGUCUUUGCUGGUUUUGCUUUUUUUGAAGCCUCUUUGUAAAAUUAUGUGUGGAAUGCCCAAAGAAAUUAAUGGUUGAGCCUAAAACAAGUACUUGUGCCUAUUUUCGCAUUUGCAAGUAGUGAGUUUUGUGUUGUACUGGUUUAAUUUACAUUGUCA